UGCUUCUGCUCUUCCUGGUUCCUCCGAAGUGUCUCCACUUGCACUGUUCAACAAGUCUUAAGUUGUCCCCACACUGGAGGAGCAUGGACAUGCUGACAGGGGGACCAUGUCCGAGAGGGACGUGCACAAUAAGAGCACUUCGUCUUAUGAUAUGAGAAGCACAUUAAAUCUCUUUUUUAACGGCGACGCUGCUGUACAACUAGCUGCUAGCCACUUAGCACGAUAACAGCUAGCAUUUUUAACGGCUGGCUGCUCGACCCCAAACUGACUUAGCUGUUAGCCAUUUGGCAGGUUAUCUCGUGGGAGGCCGGUGGAGACAAGCUGGUCGAGUUCGUCUGCGGACUCGGGAAUAAGUUGAGCUGACGACCAGCAUGGAGAACAAGGACAAAGUGCAGAUGCGGAACCAUCCUCGCAGGCAGCUGAAGAAGCUGAGUGAGGACAGCCUCACCAAGCAGCCAGAGGAAGUGUUUGACAUCCUGGAGAAGUUGGGUGAAGGGUCGUACGGCUGCGUGUUCAAGGCCCAUUACAAACAGACUGGAGAGAUUGUGGCCAUCAAACAAGUGCCGGUGGAGUCAGACCUGCAGGAGAUCAUCAAAGAGAUCUCCAUCAUGCAGCAGUGCAACAGUCCACAUGUGGUGCGCUACUACGGCAGCUAUUUCAAAAACAGCGACCUGUGGAUUGUCAUGGAAUUCUGCGGGGCCGGAUCUGUGUCCGAUAUCAUCCGAAUACGUAGCAAGACGCUCACGGAAGAGGAAAUCGCCAGCAUCUUGCAGUCGACUCUGAAGGGUUUGGAAUAUCUUCACUUCAUGAGGAAAAUCCAUAGAGACAUAAAGGCGGGAAACAUCCUGCUCAACACUGAGGGUCAAGCCAAGCUGGCGGACUUUGGCGUCGCCGGUCAGCUGACAGACACCAUGGCCAAGAGAAACACUGUGAUCGGCACGCCCUUCUGGAUGGCUCCGGAGGUUAUCCAGGAGAUUGGCUACAACUGUGUGGCGGAUAUCUGGUCUAUGGGAAUAACGGCCAUCGAGAUGGCUGAGGGGAAGCCGCCCUACUCCGACAUCCACCCCAUGAGGGCUAUCUUCAUGAUCCCUACCAACCCUCCCCCGACAUUCCGAAACCAUGAUCUGUGGUCGCCACAAUUCCAGGACUUUGUGAGCCAGUGUUUGGUGAAGAACCCAGAAAACAGAGCCACCGCCACACAACUGCUGCAGCAUCGCUUUAUUAAGUCUGCAAAACCCAGCUCCAUCCUCAGGCCGCUUAUCACCGACGCCAUGGAGAUCAAGCUGAAGAGACAAGAGGAGGCGGAGCACAGAGAACAGGAUGCGGACGACGACGACGACAACUCGGAAGAAGACGAAGUCGACCAGGGCACGAUGGUCAGGGCAGGGCCGGGUGAACCGGGAACCAUUCGCGCAACCGGCUGGCUGACAGGCUCACCCAGCGACAGAUCAGGCACAAUGAUCGAACACGACGACACAGGAACCAUGCAGUCACAGCUCGGCACCAUGGUCAUUAACUCUGACGAUGAGGACGACGAAGAGGCGGGGACCAUGAAAAGGAGAGACGAGAGCACACAGCCUGCCAAACCGUCUUUUUUGGAGUACUUUGAGCAGAAAGAGAAGGAGGCCAACAGUCAGAACGGAGGAAGAAGAGGAGGCGAUCAUCCAGCAGAAUGUCGCAAAAUGGCCCCUGAAGGAGAUCUGGAAGUGGUCAACUCAUGGUCGGUGGAGGAGCUACGUCUGCGUCUGGCCUCCUUGGACCCGCAGAUGGAGCAAGAGAUCGAGGAGAUCCGCCAGCGGUACCAGUCCAAGAGGCAACCCAUCCUGGACGCCAUCGAGGCCAAGAAGAGGCGGCAGCAGAACUUCUGAAGGUCCUUUAAGAGGCGUCACUCUGACACGUUAUUGACAUCUCUUUGGACAGCAAGACUUUUUGUAACAGGAUGCUGAACACAAUAGGUACUUAGGGGGCGCAAUGUUGGCCCCACCCCCUCAUGCACCAGAAUGUAGCACCAGCUGUUAUUGCUUUUGAUUUUGAUGAUGACCACCAUCUUGUGUGAGCUUUCAUCAGAGCUUUGGACCAUCGGGUGGUCAAUCCUCAGGGUGUCUGUAUAUAUCGUUCUUCUCUAAGUUAUGAACCGUGGACCAUGUUUGUGUGCUACUGCUUUACUUAUAAACAGUAGGAAUGUCCACAAAAGGGAAAUAUUCAGAUUCUGAUACUGUUAGUGAAAUAUAACAAGGUUCCUCACAAAAAUGAAAUACUUCCGUCAGUGCACUGCAGUAUGUUUACUGUGUACAAUGUGUACUUAGUUCCUGAGUGUGCCUAUUUGGACAGUGUAAAUCCUUUACUGUUGCUGGAGUUUGCGUUGUUUUUGCGUGUAACACCUGCUGCAAAUGAGGCGGAGAUUACGCUGUUUCUUUUUGUUUGAUACCACCUACGUAGCCAAAAUGCAAAUUUGGGGGGGAAGUCCAUCACUGCGCACUCAACAUUUUGACUAUUUACUGACUUCAGUGUGAACACAUUCAUGCACUCAAACGACCAAGUGUAAGUAUGGAAGUGCACCUAAUUUGAGUGUAUUAGCGAGUUCACGCCAAGAAGUUUGUCAUAAUGUUGCGUGCUUAAAACGGCCAAAAAUGUUGAGUGCGCGGUAGUGGAAAGUCACCCUCAAUAGUCGCCAUCUUGGCUAGGUAGCGUAGUAAGUGUGCACACAGGAACCAAGUACUGUACUUAUUGAAAUGUGUUGCUGUAAGAUUCCAUUUGAGCCGAAGUCCUAAACACUGGAUUUAGACACUGGCGCCACAAAUGUAGAGGCCACCGUGCACGAGCCGCCACAGAGCUAAGCAAUAUGGUGGCCUCCUUUUUGUAUGCUGGUUAGUGUCAAUGAGGCAUGUUCUACUGUAGUCGGUCGGCCAUCUUGACUGGUCUGACAUCACAAAGGGAAGCGCAUCCUAAAAAUUGCCUGUUGCUAGUUUGAUGAAAUAUUGCGCUUUGCUUCGUUUGAUGAAAAGUUGCUGCCUUAAAGCUGAUGUUUGAUGUUAUUUGUGUAAAGAAUAAACACAUUUUCCAUGUC